CUCUAUGGAAAAUGCAGCCACAGUCUAAAUCUAUUGUUCGAGAAAAAUGGACUUGACCAGCGAUUACGCGCACCGGCGGAUGGUGAAAUUAUUGACGAUCACUCUGAUAGCCUUUAUGACUGCUUUCGGACUCCUGGCCAAUCGGUAUCGCCCUGGCCGCCGGGAAAGAUUUCGGUUCUCGAAGGCAUAUCUGGCUUACGCUUUGAUGUGGACCAUUGCAUUCAGCUUGGUUUACGGCCGUCAAAUAUACAAGGACUACAGUCAGGGCCAGAUAAACCUUAAGGAUGCCAUUACUCUGUACAGUUAUAUGAACAUAACGGUGGCUGUUAUUAACUUUGUGUCGCAGAUGAUUAUCAGUGACCAUGUGGCUAAGAUGAUGAGUCGAGUGCCAUUCUUCAAAACACUGAGUGCACUUCAACUGGACAGCUAUUCGCUGUAUAAAUCCAUCGCCCUGGCUAUGGUAAAGGCUAUUGUGUUCCCUCUGAUCCUCGAGAUUGCCUUUAUUAUGCAGCAGAGGCGGCAGCAUCCAGAGAUGAGUUUGAUUUGGACCGUUUACCGGCUGUUUCCCUUGGUUAUUUCGAAUCUGCUAAACAACUGCUACUUUGGAGCUAUGGUGGUGGUGAAGGUGAUGCUCUAUGCCCUGAACACCAAGCUAGAAUUACAAAUGCAGGAGGUGAAUCUGCUGCAGCGCAAGGACCAGCUGAAGAUAUACACCAGAUACUACCGCAUGCAGCGAUUUUGCACCUUUGCGGACGAACUGGACAUGUUGGCGCAAAUCUAUAUGUUGAUAUAUGUGCAUUCCGGGAAAUAUCUGACUCCCAUGUCUCUGUCCAUGAUCCUGUCGCUCAUCUGCCACCUCCUCGGGAUUACAGUGGGCUUCUACAGUUUGUACUGCGCCGUUGCCGACACAUUUAUAAUGGGCAAGCCGUUCGAUGGCCUGGGUUCGCUGAUCAACCUGGUUUUUCUGCUCAUCUCGCUGGCGGAGAUCACGUUGCUCACGCACUUGUGCAACCACCUGUUGGUGGCCACCAGGAGAUCCGCGGUCAUACUGCAGGAGAUGGAUCUACGCCAUGCGGACUGUCGCUUUCGCCAGGCAGUCCAUGACUUCACCCUGCUGGUCACGAUGACCAAGUUCCAGAUAAAACCUUUGGGACUAUACGAGCUGGACAUGACGCUGAUAAGCAGUGUGUUUACGGCGGUGGCUAGUUUUCUGUUGAUCUUGGUGCAGGCUGAUCUCUCGCAGCGUUUUAAGAUGCAUUAAUUU